AUGGAAAUAAACCAAUUUAAAUUUGUAAGGAAUUUAAAGACAAAUAAACACAUUCUUUCUGCUUAUGUCUUAUUUUCAAUCAGGGUAAAAGAGACCGACAAAGAUCUUGCUGAUCUCGACUCCGCCAAUGCAGUCCUGGUCGACUACAGUGGUGUGACAACCGCCCAUGGCAUACCGCGAAUCAUCACCUCUAAAUCGGUGAAGUCGAGGCUCUUUUGGAGUUUCGUAACUCUUAUCGCUUCGGGAGCGUUCCUGUGGCAAGGAAGCCUACUGCUCCUCGACUUUAAUAAACACCCUUACACGACGCAGAUCAACGUGGUCGCCCGGACAGAGCUUCAGUUUCCUGCAGUUACCGUAUGCAACAUCAACAUGAUGAGACGCUCUGCCAUGAUCAACACUCGCUUCGAAAGCCUGAUCCAAACCGAUGACAAUGCGAUCGAAGGUGACGCUGACUACGCCACCUGGUGGUUUGACAUGCCAACGGAUGAAACAUCAGCAUCGGCUUCUGGUCUUGUUACCGGAUCUGGGAGUGACUCGAGCGGGGACGCGACAACGGACGGUUCCAGCACGUACUCGAUGACCAACUUCACUGAGAUACCCGACGAAAACAACGCAACCAAUGUACUAUCAAGUCCUCCAACUGUAAUUCCCCCUAUAGCAACUGAUGCAGACCUUGAUGCAGCAACAUCAAAUGCGGAGACUGCUACGGCUACUACUGCUACUGACACUCGGGAAAACUUUAGCGAGUACGAGUGGUGGGAUCCGGGUUGGGACACCGACGAUUUCGACUACCAGGAAUACGACUGGACAAAUGUGAGUCAUGAUUACGACUGGGAAGGGUUCUACAAACAAUCCACAGCAGAUGACUUCAGUGAUCUUCUCGAAGCUGUCCACCCGACAAGGGAAGAACUGAAGGUGAUGGGACACCAGGCGGAAGAUUUCUUACUCCAGUGUACCUUCGAUAGACGAAAUCACACUACCAGAAAAUAUGAUUAUAUUAAACCUCUGAUGAUGUUUUUCAUUGGCCAUACAGGUCUACACUUGACACUGUUCACUGAACACCCGGAAUACGUGGGGCUCUUCGCCCAAGAGGCCGGGGUUCGAGUCGCCAUUCAUCCCCCUAACGUGUUCCCCUUUCCAGAGGACGAUGGGGUAGUUGCAUCGACAGGACAGGCAACAGAUAUCGCCAUGAGACAGUCUUACUUCAAGCGGCUUCCCCAUCCCCAUGGCAACUGUACGGAUAGAUCUCGGACUAACUUCACAUCGGAAGAAUAUGCUUACACCACCCGUGCGUGCGUCAAGUCCUGCGUUCAGCAACAGCUUUUUGACAAGUGCGGGUGCGUUACGGACAUCAUAAUGAACGAGACGUUCUGCAGCCCACGAAACAGAUCUCAACAGGUUUGUCGCCAGGCUACAGAACAGUUCUAUAAUGAAUGUCAGCUACCAUGGAACUGCCCUAUCGCUUGCGAUCUGCUCGAUUAUUUGAUAUACUUUCAGUUGUGGUGCCGCGAGAGAAGUUCAGUUAGGCCUACAUUUAUUUAUUUAUAUUGGAAAAAGGUAAAUUUCGUGAAAACAAGCUGUUCUUUGAUUUGUCUUGUGCACAGAAACAAUCUAGCUCGAGUCCGGAUCUACUUUGAAGAACUCAACUAUGAGCAGAUGAUCCAAAACCCAAAGUACACGAUCGAGAGUUUACUUGGCGGCAUCGGAGGUCUUCUUGGUCUCUAUAUCGGUUUCUCUGUGAUCACCGUUUGCGAAGUCGGUGUCCUGGUCGUUGAUCUGGUCAAAUUCCUCUUUCGGAAGGCGUACAGCCGCAACAAAGUCGUUCCCAUUGAUUUCAAAAGUUAAUCUAGAAUAAUUUGUCUCAUUAUGGUUUAUUUUCCAUUAUGGUUUAUUUUCCAAUACAGGGUAAGAGAUGUUAGUUGAUGAGUUGCGCUCUGCAAGUAUGAUCUGUUAGCCAUCAAAGGAUGAAAGACUAGACCAAUAGCCAAAAGGCGUCAAGUCUUUUGUCUUUCGUCGUUGAUCUCUUGUAAUGUAUCAUUCGAAAUGGAAUACAGGUGGGACAAAGGCGAUCCUGUUGAUUGAAAGAAAAUUAAUCAAGAAAACAUUCUUUACUUAAAUAUCUUCAUAUACUGAUAUGCAGCUUCAGAUAAUUCAACGUCAGAGCUGACUGGGUUGGUUUUUCUUAAAGCCCCUUUAAAGUGUUGGGAACCACAAAUUCGCCAAACAUUAUGAUACAAUUUAGGUGAAAUUCCUCCAUCAAAUUGUUGGGACUCCCAACACUUUAAAAGGGGCUUUAAACAACGCAGUAUUAAGUUUGGCCAAGUUGUCUUGAGAAUUUAAGAUAGAAUGUCCGACUAAUGAAUUGAGAUUUUAGUACCAAAUGGUUCAGAAUACGAUAUACGUGCUGGAACUGAAUAAUUUUAUACGAUGUUUGUGGUUGACAGUGUUGUAUCUUUUGAAUUGCCAAUGUCUUGUAAGCCGAGUUGGCAGAUUUUGAGACUUUGAGUCUCCAGAGCUGGCGGACUUUUGGACUUUGCCAGAGUUGGCAGAUUUUUGGACUUUGCCAGAGCUGGCAAGUUUCGGGUCUUUAAUCAAUUUGGCAUAUAUUGUUAUAAUACAUGUAUUUGGACAUGUUUAGUAAUUUGCUGAAAAGAGACUUAAUUGAUUUAUUUAUUUAUCCAUUUAAAGUGGUUUAAUUCAUUAGUUUUUUUUAAAACAAAGUAUACAUCAGUGACAAAGUAAAAUCACACGUAAUACAAAUAUGCAUGAUAACAUUAUGGUAGUAAAUUGCAAUUCUUUUUGUACUUAAUAAUGUAUAAUUGUGCUUCUACGACACCUGCUCUGGCUACAAUUAAUUGCUAUCUUUACACUGGCAGGGCUAGUUUGGUGGAAUUAAAUAGUUUUGGCAUCGUACUUGUUGGCAAAUUUUGUAGUAGGCCAAAGUGGCGAAUUUAUAGUGGUUGAGCCAACUGUGGCAGAAUUUUCGACUUUGCCAGAGCCGGCAAGAUUUGGGACGUAACCAAAAAUUGGCACGGUUAAUGAAUGAUGGCACAAAUUUGAUAUUGGAUUGGUUGGCAUGUUUCUUAUUAAAGGUGUUGUUUUUAUGACCGUAGACAUUUAAGAUGUCCUAUUUUGUGAAAGUUAUUUAUGAGUGGCAAAUAUUAAUUUUUCCUCUUUAACGUAAAAUAUCACCAGUGCCUCAUAAUGUAUGAGGCAUCCUGUAGAUUUAGAUUAGGAUUUAUGUUUAACUCUUAGUUUAAUUUUAGUAUCACAACAAUUUGAACAUGUAUUUUAUACUUGUAAAUUGUAACUUAAGGUUUAACUUUAGCUCAAUCUGUAUGAUUGAGGAUGCCUCGUUAAUGUAUCUGUAAAGGACAAAGGCAGUCUUUUACUUGAAUUAGAAAUGCCUUUGCUUCUAUGUCUAAAUAUGAGUGCACUGGAUUGUGAAUCUGUUAACACACUCUCUUUAUCUCUCUAUCCAUCUUUCGGCACUCAGAAUUUGUACAGUAAGAAACGUUGAUUAUAAUUACUUCGAGAUUUUAUUACAGCUCAUAAUAACUUGUGACAAUUACCGAUAUUGGACAGUAAAAUGUAGGUUUAGCACUGAAUUACAGACAGCAAGGGGCGAAUUCUUAGAUAAACCGGUUGUCUUUGGAUUGAAGUACGUUUUAAACUGAUUAGUUAAUUCUGGAGUUGGCGAUAAUUAGGAAUUUGACAAUUGAGGCUAUCUUAUCAUAGAGACCUUGGUAGGAAUGUCCUUGGCGCCAGGAGUGUCAUGUAUGACGGAUAUGAGCGCUAUACAAGAACGCACUAUUGUUAUUAUUAUUAUUAUUUAAAGUCACAUGGGUAGCCGACAGAGUGAGCUAGCAUGUUAGAAUAUGGAUGGAGAGACCCGUUUAUGGUGAAAUACCCGUUGAGCGGUGACUAUACAUGAAGGUAGAUUAUGCAGUUGGCAAUAAGAAGAUAGACAGUAAGGUUGAGUAUUUGGACUCAAAUUUGGAUUGGAGUAAUAGUUGGAUGGCUGCUGGUCAGCCUACACUGAUCGUAGUUGAGAUGCUAUGUCGUGUUUAGCCCAGACUAGAAUUAUUUCUCAUGUUUUCGUAGAAAAGAGAAGGUACACCAUGUAGUAUAAUAAUUAAGUUGCUAGUGAUCUAAAACUGUUAAAUCAUCAUAAACCUCAAGUAAGAUCUGUUUAAUAGCCAUCAAAGGGUAAAGUCUUUUGUCUUUCGUCGUCGAUCUCUUGAAAUGUAUCAUUCGAAGGCAUACAUUCGCGACAAAGGUGAUUCUGUUAAUUGAAAGAAAGUCGAUCUAGAAAACAUUUUUACUUUAAAUGUCUUCAUUUAAUUAUACGGAGCUUCAGAAACCCCCAACGGGAUAGCUGAAGUUUGAUUUUUAUUCAUUUUGUGACAAUAUUUCCAGGGGCGUAUCCGGUGUGUUGU